CACAUUUAUACAAAACUUGUAAGUCCUUGCGAUUCCAAUCAUUUUAAGUUGUGUUACAAAAUUACAUACUUGUCUUUACUUAUGUGCUAAUAAAGUUUAAAAGUAUUCUUAAGUGUGCUUCUUCUAGGCUUGCAGUCUAUGAAGAUCAAGGCAGCAACCUUCCAGUUACCAGCUCCAAGCUUGCAAAGCCCACAGCACACUGUCUAAUGUUUAAGAAAAUUUGUAAUCUACCUCUCAAAGCAUGUGCACAGUACAUGCAGUGUUCACCACCCCCCUUAUCAAUGACUUGUUUAAUCAUCUUUCAGUUCCUCUUAUUUUCCUAAAACAGCAGCACACAUAUACUGUACAGCAGAGAGGAUCUGUGUGAGUAGUCAUGGACGGGAGUCUGUUUGUGCUGCUUCUGCUGUCAGGGCUCUUCUGGAGCAGUUCUGCUCUUUCUCGUCAGUACCACUAUAUAAAUGUAAGAAUGUCAUGGCCAGAGGCUCAGAGUUACUGCAGAGAGAAGUACACUGACCUGGCUACUGUAGACAACAUGGAUGAUGUGAACAGGCUGGUAAAUAUAGUGGAUGCUGGAUACAACGGAUCAGUGUGGAUUGGACUGAAGAGAGCGACACAGACACGCUGGGCUUGGUCUAAUGGAGAAGACAUGACUUCUCACUAUUUUAACUGGGCUUCUUCACAGCCGCAUGGAAAUGGAGACUGCGUGUCUACUUAUUCUGGGGUUUGGCAUAUGGCAGCAUGUGACUCUCUACAAUAUUUUGUGUGCCAAAAUGGUGAGUUUCCCAUUCUUUUAAAUUUAUUAUUAUGCCUUUUAACCCGGAACGAAGAGCUGUAAACUGAAUUUUUUAUUUUUUUGCAUCUCUCAU